AUGUCUUCCGAAUAUAACCGAUUCCCUCCAGUCAUCAUCAUCAUGGCCCAAUGGCGGUUCGGAUCCAGCGUCUUUGGGGAGCUUUUCAAUCAGAAUUCUGAUCUGUUUUACUUAUUUGAGCCAUUGUAUACUACUACUCAAUUACGAGAACAGAAAGGCAUUGGAUUGUUUACGCCCGAGAGUCAGGAAAUGUCCAGGAAUAUCUUGCGCAACUUAUCAAGGUGCCAGUUUGAUCCGGAUUUUGUGGAAAUAUUAGUUGGUUGGGGCGGGAAAUUCAAUAACGAAGCAAUAUGCAAGGCAUCGGGGAGGUGUAGGAUAAUAUCACCGAGCUGGAUGAGUGAUUUGUGCCGGAAGUAUAAAGGCCGACUUGCUUCGAAGCUGAUCCGAGCUAAUCUCGAACUCCUAAGACCAUUGAUAGUUGACGAUAACAUCAAUCUGAAGAUCGUCCAUUUGGUUCGUGACCCUAGGGGCUCUGCAUUGUCCAGGAUCAAAUACACAUUAUCGAAGAAAAUAUCUCCGACUGUUCGUUCUCAAUUCCCUAAAUAUGGACGAUUGAAUCCUCUCAACCUUUUCAGCGUUACUCCAGAAACCGGAGAAACUGUUCGAGGAAUGUGCAAGUGGAUCAGAAAGAACGCAGUUGUUUCGCCUGAUCUUCUACCCGCUUGGUUGCAAAGGCGUUACUACCUCGUCAGGUAUGAAGACUUUGCAGACACUCCCCUGAAGGUCACGCAAGACCUCUACAGGUUCGUCGGAAUUCCUUUUAAAAAAGAGGUUCAGGAUUGGGUGAUAAAGAACACGGAUGUGACAGUCAGUAAAAAUGACUUGUUUUCAACUCACAGGAAUUCCCAUGUCGCUGCUACACAUUGGAUCAAAGAUCUUACUGAAAUGGAAGUCGGGCAGAUUGAGGAGGAAUGCCAGGACGUUUUAGAACUAAUGGGUUACGAACCAUAUAGCCAACUGAUUCACCGGGAACAAUCAACGAGAUAAUUAUUUAACUGAUCUAGGUCAUUGUAUUUGUUAAUAUUUUCAUCUAG